GGGAAGAUGAGGGGCCAGAGAGGGGAGGUGGGGUGCCAGAAGCCCCAGGAGUAGGAGGCAGUGCUCUGAAAUGAGUGGGCGUCCACAGACCCAAGGGCCCCGGGGCGGGACCCUCAGGCCUCGUGCCGCCUCUCCAGCCCAGCCCAAGCCCUGAGCCCCUUCCCUCUGGUCUCCCGCCUGCCUCGGCGCCACCUGCCGAGAGGCCGGCUCUGUGAUCUGGGUGGUGCAGGACUGAGGGGCCCACCCCCAAGCCCCCCGGCACUCUUCCAGCUCCGUCUGUGGUCACAGAGUCACAGAUUCCAGCGUGCUCACCUGAGACGUUCGGCGACUUUCAGAGACGAGCCAGAGGGACACUAAUUCACCCCAAGGAAGGAAGGGCCUAUGGGCACAUGGCAGGCCCGGGCCUUCUGUGCCCUGGGACCACACACCAGCCCCUCUGGGGUCGGCCCCGCCUGGGGAGCUGGCCGGCGCCCCCCAGGGGCCUGCAGAGCUGACCGUCUGCCUCUCUCUGCAGGUCCGGCGCCAUGCCUGGUCACUCUGAACUCUAGGCCACACCUGCCCACUUCAAAGAGAACCCUCCCACCUUGCCCGUUGCCCGCCAUGGCGGGGGACCGGCUCCCCAGGAAGGUGAUGGAUGCCAAGAGGCUGGCCAGCCUGCUGCGGGGCGGGCCCGGGGGGCCGCUGGUCAUCGACAGCCGCUCGUUUGUGGAAUACAACCGCGGGCACGUGCUCCGCUCCGUGAACAUCUGCUGCUCCAAGCUGGUGAAGCGUCGGCUGCAGCAGGGCAGAGUGACCAUCUCGGAGCUCAUCCCGCCCGCCGUGCACGGCCAGGUGGAGGCGACCGAGCCACAGGAUGUGGUCGUUUAUGACCAGAGCACACGGGACGCCAGCGUGCUGGCCGCAGACAGCUUCCUCUCCGUCCUGCUCAGCAAGCUGGACGGCUGCUUCGACAGCGUGGCCAUCCUCACCGGAGGCUUCGCCACCUUCUCCUCCUGCUUCCCGGGCCUCUGCGAGGGCAAGCCUGCGGCCCUGCUGCCCAUGAGCCUCUCCCAGCCCUGCCUGCCGGUGCCCAGCGUGGGCCUGACCCGCAUCCUGCCUCACCUCUACCUGGGCUCUCAGAAGGACGUCCUAAACAAGGAUCUGAUGACCCAAAACGGAAUAAGCUAUGUCCUCAACGCCAGCAACUCCUGCCCCAAGCCGGACUUCAUCUGCGAGAGCCGCUUCAUGCGCAUCCCCAUCAAUGACAACUACUGUGAAAAGCUGCUGCCCUGGCUGGACAAGUCCAUCGAGUUCAUCGAUAAAGCCAAGCUGUCCAGCUGCCAAGUCAUCGUCCACUGUCUCGCCGGCGUCUCCCGCUCUGCCACCAUCGCCAUCGCCUACAUCAUGAAGACCAUGGGCAUGUCCUCUGACGAUGCCUACAGGUUUGUGAAGGACCGGCGCCCGUCCAUUUCACCCAACUUCAACUUUCUGGGCCAGCUGCUGGAGUACGAGCGCAGCCUGAAGCUGCUGGCCGCCCUGCAGGGUGACGGCGCACCCUACCCAGGCACACCAGAGCCCCUCCCGGGCCCUGCGGCCCCACCGCCCCUGCUGCCACCACCUACCUCAGAGACUGGAGAACAUCUAUUUAUAACGCUGGCCGCCCCUCGGAGCCAACCGAAGGACCGCGGAGAAGCCGAGGUCGCCUCCGGCAGCAUGGCGGCGCUCCCCAGCCGGCCGCUGCGCGCGAGCCCCGCGCUGCGGGAGAUGGAGACGCGGCGACCGGCCGCGCGCACAAGGCCUGGGACCCUGGGGGCAGGGCACCCGUUGACCGAGUCGAGCGGGCUCCUCGGGGUCACCCUGUCCAAGGCCUGA